GGGUUGGGGGGCGGGGAAGAUGUCUGAGCGGGGAGAAGCCCCGGCGGCGGCGGCGGCAUCGGCGGGAGAGAUGCCGGCGAAGAAGCAGAAGCUGAGCAGCGACGAGAACAGUAACCCCGGGGACCUGUCCGGCGACGAGAACGAUGAUGCUGUUAGUAUUGAAAGCGGUACUAACACCGAACGCCCUGAUACACCAACAAACACUCCUAAUGCACCAGGAAGAAAAAGCUGGGGGAAAGGAAAAUGGAAGUCAAAGAAGUGCAAAUAUUCCUUCAAAUGUGUAAAUAGCCUAAAGGAGGACCACGGUCAGCCAUUGUUUGGAGUCCAGUUUAACUGGCACAGUAAAGAAGGUGAUCCUCUUGUUUUUGCCACUGUAGGCAGCAACAGGGUUACUUUAUAUGAAUGUCAUUCCCAAGGUGAAAUCCGUCUGUUGCAGUCCUACGUGGAUGCUGAUGCAGAUGAGAAUUUCUAUACCUGUGCAUGGACAUAUGAUAGCAAUACAAGUCAUCCUCUUCUGGCUGUGGCAGGGUCCAGGGGUAUUAUUAGGAUAAUUAAUCCUAUUACAAUGCAGUGCAUAAAGCACUACGUGGGCCAUGGAAAUGCAAUCAAUGAACUGAAAUUCCAUCCAAGAGAUCCAAAUCUCCUUUUAUCUGUAAGCAAAGAUCAUGCAUUGAGACUGUGGAACAUCCAGACAGACACGCUGGUUGCAAUAUUUGGAGGAGUAGAAGGGCACAGGGAUGAGGUGUUAAGUGCAGAUUAUGAUCUUCUUGGUGAAAAAAUCAUGUCCUGUGGGAUGGAUCACUCUCUAAAACUCUGGAGAAUUAAUUCCAAGAGAAUGAUAAAUGCCAUCAAAGAGUCUUAUGAGUACAACCCAAAUAAAACCAACAGGCCUUUUAUUUCCCAGAAAAUACACUUUCCUGACUUUUCUACAAGAGACAUACAUAGAAACUAUGUUGACUGUGUACGAUGGUUGGGAGAUCUAAUUCUUUCCAAGUCUUGUGAAAAUGCCAUUGUGUGCUGGAAACCUGGCAAAAUGGAAGAUGAUAUAGAUAAAAUCAAGCCCAGUGAGUCAAAUGUGACCAUACUUGGGAGAUUUGAUUACAGCCAGUGUGAUAUAUGGUAUAUGAGGUUUUCAAUGGAUUUCUGGCAAAAGAUGCUUGCUCUGGGCAAUCAGGUUGGCAAACUUUACGUCUGGGAUUUAGAAAUAGAGGAUCCUCAUAAAGCCAAGUGUACGACUCUCACUCAUCCUAAAUGUGUCGCUGCCAUUCGACAAACCAGUUUUAGCAGGGAUAGUAGUAUCCUUAUAGCUGUGUGUGAUGAUGCCAGUAUCUGGCGCUGGGACAGACUACGAUAAAUUACUUUUUCUUAAUUCAAAGUAGAAAAUAUAUUUUCAAAUUAUAAUAUAGUCUGUUAACUCGCUAGUAUGGUAGAUGCAUUUAGUGUAGACUUUCUCGAAGGUUCAGCAGGCUGGAGCUGAACUUAGUGAUGUUUACAUUCUGUGUAUUGUUCUGCUUGAAAUUGCUGCUUUUAAUAAAAAGAAGUAUUUUUGUAAAGUUUUCUGAAUUGUCCAUUUUAAUUAUUUCCCACAAUAUGUUUUAAUUUAUGGCCUAAGAAAUUGCUUUGCAGUAUACGGUAACUUGCUAGAAGUUUGAUAUGGGUAUGCUUGCGGUUGUAUUUGUGCCUUUUUGACUGAAAACCUAAUGAAGCUGUUGAAUAUUAUCCAGGGACCACACAAAGGAAAUACUACACUUAAGAAUAUAGUAUAAAUAAAUGUUAAAUCAUUGCUGAAAAUAUUUUUAACUCAUUCCUUAAGUUAGUUGCCCAUUGAAAUUGAUUAAGUUUUAAUAAUCUCAAAUUGGCAUGUGCUUUUCACUAUUUUUGUUACUGAUUGGGGGGG